ACGUAGUUAACGACGAUAUAAACCCGUCGAUAAGGACGUUUAAACUAACUUCUCAGUUCUAACGACUACAUUACCCAGAAGGCACGAGUGAAAGCGUUCUGAAAGGCGCCUGAUCAUAAUACUUUUAUGGUUUAUUUAAAGUGUUACGCCAGCUCCAGACAUGUGUGAUUUUUUUUACAUUACACACACACGAAGAAGAUUACAUUCGACAUGUAUUGUUUGACUUUUUUAAAUAAUUUACUUGACCGUGUUGAAUUUUGGUCCGGAGUUAUGACCGCUUGAUCACGAGUAUCACCAAACGGAAGGAAUUCGAUCAUCGUUUUAUUACUCACCGCUCGACUCAACUAUUUUAGCGGCGUCCUAAAUCAACAAAAAGUGAGCACACGUUGAGUCACGGGGCAACUAAAAUGUCGUCCGAGGAAUUUGAGAAGUUGCACGAAAUGUACAGGUCAUUGUUUGAGGAGAUAAAGCUAAUGCCGGAGAGGCUGCUGAGGAGCCAUGCAGAGGAAAAGAAGAGACUGAUGAGGACCUUCGAUGAAAGGAAAGGGGAGGCUGAGGAAAUUUUGCAAGGAAUGGAGGAAGAGUUGCAUGAUGCGCCGCCGUCGUACAGAAAUCCGAUGAGGACGAAGCUGCGUCUGUACCAGCGGGACCUGGCCAAGCUGCAGAGGGACAUGAAGAACUCGGCCGCCGGUUCGCAGACGUCAGACGGAACUCACGGCGGCAUCUAUUCAUCGCAAAACCGACAAAGUACGCGCAUGCAGUCGCAGAGGGCCCUGCUCCUGCAGGGCACCGAGUCGCUGCACAACGCCAGCCAAAGCAUCGAGCGGAGUCAGCGCCUCGCCGCUGAGACGGAGCACAUCGGCUCGGAUAUCAUCGAGGAGCUGGGAGAACAGCGGGAACAACUGGACCGCACAAGGAACAGAUUGGAGAAUACAGGAGAGAACCUCAGUCGGUCGCGAAAGAUCCUUCGGUCUAUGUCUCGGCGGCUCAUGACAAACAAGCUUCUGCUAGGCGUCAUCAUCCUCAUGGAGCUGGCCAUCUUGGGUGCCGUGGUUUACCUCAAGUUCUUCCGACGAUGAGAACAAACAAAGCGCACGAGGACGACGCUCUGGAGCGUCGCAACAGGAGCUCCGUGGAGUCCACCGAAAAGCAUCAUUAGCACUGCUUGAUCAGACUGGAGAGACGUCCUCUGGGAUGAAGGUGGUGGAUGCCUCCAUGAUGAACUGUGUGCUUGCUUGAUGAGGUGUUCACCCCCUUGCUGAUUGAUGCUUUUUAAGCUUACUCACUUGUAUGAUGACAUUUAGCAGCAGUAAAUAUAAGACAACAUGGCAAGCUCAUGACUUCUCUAUAAUAACCAACAUCAGAUUUCUAUAUUGGUCGAUAUUUUUAUGAUUACAUAUUGAACGUGCGUCCAACAAAUCCCCAGCUAACGAGAGUCAAGUUGAAAAGCCUGAGCUGUCAACUGCGGUCAUGCUGUCCAGCGCAGCUCUUAAGGCGCCGGGGGGUCGCACAGCCACAGUGGCCAGCACACGUUGCGUAAUCUCAGCAAAGUAAUGCAGCAGCUUCCUGCUAACGUGAUCUUGAUGAUUCAUAAUGGUAACCGCCCAGGAACUGUUUUUUCCUGUUGUUGGAUGAGAUGAAUGUCGGUCAGAUGAUCAUGAAUGUUACAGUUUGCUUCCUCCUGGUACCCGCCUCCUCUUUGGUUGAUCACUGCCUAAUUCACCUCCUCCUUCACCUGUCGUCACACCUUUUGAGGUGAUUUUAAAAAUCAAACCUCUUCUCCUCCAGUGAGGGCCAUACAGUGAGGAAUGAAAGGAAGCAACUUUGCCACAGUUAUUUUGUGAAGGUAUGCUACAAAAUUAUGUAUAUUUCAAGAAAAUGGUACAUCACUCAAUAUCAACUUUGCUUUUUUCCCCUCUUUUUUUUGCAUUUAUCAAAAUAGUUUAACUGUCUUCCAGUUUUUUCCCGUAUUUAUGACUUUAUUCCUAUAAUAUUUUGACUUUCUUCCAUGAAUACUCUUUUGUCCAACUUUAUUUUGUUUGUCAUAAUUAGGGCUGGGCUGUAUAUCGAUAUUUUGAUACUUACUUUAAGCACAAUAUCAAAACCAACCAUAUUGUUGAUAUCGAUAUGGACUGGAUUGGCGCUGUACCUCCCUCAUCCCUGCAUGCAGGAGGAGGGGCGGAGCAGAAGUCCAGCGGUUCCAGUUGAAGCGACAGCGUCGACGGUGGAAGAAUUUGUCAGCAAGGAAUAAGCGUUAGCUCAGUGAUGUGGAGCAUUAAAAAAUCUUUUUCACCACCUUGAAACUUGGCACCAAGUCCAAAACGAGGAAUGUGUGAAGCUGCGUGCUCCUGUUGCGUUCCUCGUGAAAGGAAAAGCAGAGUGUUGCGCUGUCAGGAAGAGGUGUCCUAUCGCAUUGCUAAGAUAUGGUCGCCGUUGCAACAGAGGAAAAAGCUGCUUUAAAAACCUGCUGAAAUCGAUGGACUCGCCACGUCCAGUGAGCUUCACAAGCUCUACCACAGAUGUACAAGGACGUCAGACGGACACUUGCUAAGUCUGCUGCACUUGACAGGUUGGUGUUCCUGCCACAAAAUAAGGACAUGCUUGCGUCUUGUAAGAAUGUUUACCCUAAAAAAUACUACUGAUUAAUUUCAACUAUUUUUGAGUUGCUGAUAUUUUCUGACACAACUUUCCUCUUCAACUGGGCACUCCUUCAUAUUAUGUUCUUUUGUUAUUAGCUGAGUAAUGUGAUCUUUUCCUUUCUCAGAAAUUCAGAAGUUAAAUUUUCUUUCAACUGUAUCUUACUAAAAUGACAUUGUUUUUCCAAAUAAUAUUCCUCAUAAUGUGAGUUUAUUCUCGUUAAAUUGCAGCUGUUUUUCUCGUUGGAACAUUUUUUCUUGUAAUAUUUUGACUUUAUUCUCAUGAAAUGACAUGCAGGUUUUGAAAAAAUGUUCAAACUAUUUCAACUUUCUUCUUGUAAAUUUUCCUUCUCGUAAUUGUGACUUUAAUCCCAUCAUAUUUGGACUUUAUUCCAAUUCACUACAUUUUGAUUUUUUUAUGUAUUAUCACUUACCUAUGGCCUGUUUAUUGGUCAAAAAAAUAGUCAUAUGUAGUAGUCUGGUCGCUAGAUGACACAUUAUCUUUGAUUACAUUACCUUCACGCUGCAUGUAGUCAGCCAUGGCAUGUCUGAUACAAUAGGGUGGAAAAAAAGUUCUCCCAUUCCGUGUGGAAGUGGUACAUUUUUGGCUUCUCUUACUUUGUUCUUCUUCCCCACUCUAUUUCAAACUCUAAGUUUAGAAUACAUAAAUUAGAGGCGAACUAGUGAGCUCGUUAGCUUGCUCUUUUAAAGCGGCGAGCUGUCUAUUGUGUCCCUACAGUGAUCCCGUAGCCUGCCUGUAAGAGUUGCACAAUGUGAUGUAAACAAAGAAUCACAAUCAGAAUCACCUUUAUUGGCCAAGUAUGCUUACACAAACAAGGACUUUGACUUGGGUUAAAUUAGCUUUUCCAACCCUUCAGAAAUAAAUAAAGAAUUAAAGCGUAAGAUUGAGAUGUGCAAAAGGGUUAAUAGUAUAAUGCCAGUGCAAUUCAAUUCAGUGGACAAAAGACAGUAUUUCCAUUCAAGUGAGGGGUCCCCUGAGGUACAGUCAUUAGUGUACAGGGAGAAGAGCAGCGCAGAGAGAACACCCGUAGGGGGCGGCGGUGCUUGAUGUGAUUUCCCCCAGCCUCACCUGCUGGCUUCUGUCAGUGAGUCUUAAAGCUGGUGAUCCACUGACAGGUGGAGGCUGGCACAGUGAGCUGGGAGAACUCCUGGUGGAGGAUCCCAGGGGUGAUGGAUUUGAAUGCCAAGCUGAAGUCCACAAACAGGAUCCUUGCAUAGGUCCCUGGAGUGUAUAGGUGACUGUAGGAGUGUUAUUUCACGUGUAGGGCUCUAAUAAUGGUCAAAGAAAAUGUCUUUUGCAAGUCAUAAACAGGUUUGCUGUGCUGUAUGAAAAUAUUCCAUUAAGGGCUGCUGUCAAAGUUAAAGCAAGAAUAGCAAGUUGACAGAAAUUCCCUUUAACGGCACUAUUUUUUGACACGUGGUUAACGUGCGCACGUCAUGUUUAGCCCUCGGCCCACACAAAGCCCCGGCAGAUGGCUCUCCCGACCAAAGCCACUUGCAUUCACUGUCCCCGCAAGCCAAACCGUCACCGGAGCACGCGGACUCCCAGACGCCACCGGCUGGACCCAGCUGGGGAAACCGCUGGAGCACCGAAGGUGUUUUUUAUUGUCAUUUAUACAGUGGUACCUUGGCAUACGAGUUUUAGAUACGAGCUGUCUCUCGGCGGAUUUUUUUGCUUCGAGCUGCGAGCUAAAACACUCAAUGAGACGCCUGUAAAGCCUCGCAAGGGAAUUCAUUAACGAUCUAUUUGAGUGUGUGCUUGAACUGCUGACUGAGUUUGUCAAAGAGGACAGAAUAAAACUUGCAUGUUUGAAGACCUGCGGUGCCGUACAUGUGUGGGGGGCCCUGUGCAAAGCUUUAUUUGUAAUGUUAGAGUCACGAUAUUUGAUUUCAGUGAUGGACAGUUUACCUGUUUACCUGGUACUUGUGGUACAUCGGGUUUGUUUUUUAUACAUUCAACUCCAUUUUGUGUUUAGCUGUUUAAAAAAAACAAAAACAAAUGUUUAAUCAACAAAAAUGAGCACAAAAGCAAACAUAUCCAGUUUCUUAUUGAUGGGUCUAUUAAAAACUUUCAAAUGAUCUGUCAAAGGUACAUUAAUGAAAGAUAAAAACAUGUUUGUCUGCAAUUGUGAUUAAUUGCAAGUUACAGGCCUGGACCAAAAUGAUGGCACCCCUAGAAAAGAGUGAAAAUAAUGUGAGCAAAGGGACAUGUCAAUUCAAAGUGUGUCCACUAACAGGUGUCUACAACCUUGCCAUCAGUCACUGGGCCUAUAGAUAGGACUACAGUCAGUCCCUGUGCUGUUUGGUCACAUGGUGUGUACCACACUCAACAUGGACCAGAGGAAGCAAAGAAAACAUUGUCUCAGGAGAUUAGAAAGAAAAUGAUGGACAAGCAUGUUAAAGGUAAAGGCUAGAAGACCAUCUCCAAGCAGCUUGAUGUUCCUGUGACAACAGUUGCACAUAUUAUUCAGAAAUGGAAGAUCCAUGGGACUGUAGCCAACCUCCCUGGACGUGGCCGCAGGAGGAAAAUUGAUGACAAAUCAAAGAGACGGAUAAUACAAAUGGUAACGAAAGAGCCCAGAAAAACUUCUAAGGAGAUUAAAAGCGAACUUCAAGCUCAAGGAACAUCAGUGUCAGAUCCCACCAUCCGUCGUUGUUUGGGCCACAGUGGACUUAAUGGGAGAAGACCAAGGAGGACCCCACUGUUGAAAACAAGUCCUAAAAAAGCCAGACUGGACUUUGCCAGACUACAUGAGCUUCUGGGAGAAUGUCCUAUGGACAGAGGAGAAAAAAUGGAACUUUUUGGCAAGGCACAUCAGCUCUACGUUCACAGACGAAAAAAUGAAGCAGAUCAAGAAAAGAACACUGUCCCUACUGUGAAACAUGGAGCAGGCUCUGUUAUGUUCUGGGGCUGCUUUGCUGCAUCUGGCACAGGGUGUCUGGAAUCUGUGCAGGGUACAAUGACAUCUCAAGACUAUCAAGGGAUUCUAGAGAGAAAUGUGCUGGCCAGUGUCAGAAAGCUUGGUCUCAGUCGCAGGUCAUGGGUCUUGCAACAGGACAAUGACCCAAAACACAGCUAAAAACACCCAAGAAUGGCUCAGAGGACAACACUGGACUAUUCUAAAGUGGCCUUCUAUGAGCCCUGGCCUUCAUCUUUGGAAGGAGCUGAAACAUGCCUUCUGGAAAAGGCACCCUUCAACCCUGAGACAACUGGAGUCAUUUGCUCAUGAGGAGUGGACCAAAAUACCUACUGAGAAGUGCAAAAGUCUCAUUGACACUUCCAGGAAUCGUUUGAUUGCAGUGGUUGCCUCAAAAGGAUGUGCAACAAGAUAUUAAGUUAUGGGGUGCCAUCAUUUUGGUCCAGGCCUGUUUCAUGAGUUUAUUUUUUUCAAUAUUUCUGUUGAAGCAUGGUUGAAAAUCAAUGUGUGACGUUCAAUAUCAUUUUUAUUUAUUGCUUUUUUCAGAUUCAAGUUAUUUCUGUGACCAUUGUUGUUCUUUCAUUGAACGAAGGUACCAACAAUUUUGUCCACGUGUGUAACAGUAGACAAAAUGCAAUUAAUGGCAAAUAAAUAUUUUAAUUGAUUGACAGCCCUAAUUCCAUUUAUUAAUAUUGAACCCUACCUUGUGGAAGUUCACUUAUCACAGUCGGGUCUGGAACUAUUUAACCGUGAUAAACGAGGGAUGACUAUUAUCUUUUCCCGCAAGUUUAUUUUGUUUCUUAUAAUACUUAAAUAUUAUGAGAAGCAAACAAAAUAAAGUUGGGGGGGGUAUCAUAUUAUGGGAUUAAAGUCAAAAUAUUACGGCAAUAAAGUGAUGACAGAGGAAGAACUUUUACAAGAAGAAAGCUGAAAUAGUUGGAAAAUAAAAAAACAAACAGCUGUCAUUUCACAUGAAUAAAGUCAAAAUAUUCAGAGGAAAAAAGUUGUAAUUUUACAAGCGCAAACUCGUAAUAUUGUCAGGAAAAAUGUCAUUUUACUAGCAUAGGGCGGAAAUAUGAAAAAACGUUUUUGGGUUUUGGGGGUAAAUUGGGUAAGGGAAGAUAAUAUGAGAUUAAAGUCAAAAUAUCAUGGGAAGAAAGUAAUUAUAAUGAGGAAGGAAAUUUACAAGAAGAAAGUUGAAAUAGUUUGGGGGGGGAAGAUUGCAGAAAUGGAAAAAACAGCUGUGAAGAAUAAAGUCCAAAUAUGUAGACAAAGUCGCAAUUUUAUGAGAAUAAACUCGCAAUAUUGUGAGGAAAAAAUUCAUUUUAGUAGCUUAGUUGAAAUAUCCAAGAAAAUAGUAAGAUUAUGAGAAAGAAACCAAAUCAAGUUGGGGGAACAUUAUGGGAGUAAAGUCAAAACAUUACAGCAAUAAAGUGAUAAUUCCGAGGAAUGACAUUUCCAAGACGGAAGCUGAAGUAAAGCUGUCAUUUCAUGUGAAUAAAAUCGAAAUAUUAAGAGAAAAGUCAUAAAAUUGUAAGGAAAAAUAGCACAGAGUUGAAAAAUUCAAGAAAAAAAUCGUAAUAUUAUGACAAACCAAGUUGAGAAAAAAGAUAAUACAGGAAUUUCGUCCAAAUAUGAUCAUAAUUAUGAGGAAUCAUUUCCGAGAAGAAUGUUUUGCGUGUUUAUGAGGGUUUGGCAUGACUUGAACUCCACACCCGCCCCCAACAUGAGGUGUGUUGUUAGGAAGCGUGUUGCACGGACAGUAGCGCCAAAAACGACACCUGGACACCAGAGUCCCAUCUUAUGGAAGACCAGACAAUCAGCUUUUUAAUAGCAGAACAUCCUGUGAAUAUUAAGUGCCUCAGUCGCUUCAGUGGCCACAUCGAGCGGGGGGAACCUGCUAGGGUUUUCACACGCGCUAACAAUCAGGACAAUGCAGUAACCACAGCUGGUCCAAUGGUCCAAAAGUGCAACAUGGCUGCUAGCCUCCGCUAAACUGCACAGGUACAAAACAAAACACAUUAGCGAGCGCACACAAGAGUGGAUGUCUGUCGGUCGCACCUUUGAGGCAGGCUCUUUCUCUUGCCAAACAACUCUAAUAAUAACAAUAAUAAAUAUCAUUCUUACACAAAAUAGUCAAAUAAGUUAGUAGCUUGCAUUCUAGUUUCUGUCUAAAUCAGGGGUCUCAAACUCAGCUGACCACGGGGACCGCAUGGAGCACUCACGGAAGCCCGACUGGCAACAUAACACAAGUUGCGUGUUUAAAGUUAUAAACGUAGUUUGCUCUUCCUCAUAGUCGGGGUGGCCCAGCCUUUUUUUUCCCCUCCAGCGAGGCCCACAUAGUGAAUGAAGCACCAUAUGCUAAGAAGUGAGAUAUAUAUAUAUAAUUAUAAAGUGUAUAUUUCAAGAAACAAGUGCAUCAGCUUUGUCAUAAAGGUGAUGCACAGGACAUAAUAUCGACUUCACUUGCUUUCUUUCCCCAUUUGAACUGCUGUUUUGUUUCUAUUUUCCAAAGAAUUCAACUUCUCAAAUCUCCACAAAUUUUCUUCUAGUAAUAUUAUGACUUUAUUCCUUCAGCCUCAUUUCCAAAAAUGAUUAUUUUAUUCGGUUUCUCAUAUUACAGCUUUGAAAAGUCAUUUCUUCUUUAAUAUUUCUACUCUAUGCUAAAAUGUCAACUUUUUUUCUUGUUAGAAUACAUUUUUUAUCUUAAUAUUUUGGACUGUAUUCUCCUAAAAUUAGGCUGUUUUUUUGUAAUUUUCCAACUAUUUUCUUGUCAACUUUCAUCCCUGUAAUUAUGACUUUAUUCCCUUAAUAUUAUGACUUUGUUCUCGUCGCAUUGUAACUUUUAAUUUUCCCAAAAUGACAACUUUAUUUGUUGUUUUGCUUAUUUUUCAUCAUUUUACCACUUCUAAAAAAUAACGUCUUAUAUAUUCCAAUUCCACGUGACUAAAAGGGGAUUGUUUUUCUUCUUAAUAUUAUGGCGUUAUUCUUGUAAACUGACUGCUUCUUGCUAAAUGAUAUUUUUUAGAAUGUGCCUCGCUCCGGGGCCACACUUUGGACCCCCCCGUCGUGGCGUGUGUCUUUACUUGCCUGUUAGAUGCUGUGCAGUCGGUACCGUGAUUGUAGUCAGCGUUGUGUGUAGUGACGCUAUUUCUUGCCCCAAGAGCCCUUUAAGCAAGCUUAAGUGCCUCGGGGCCCGGUGUGCUCGGACCGCACUUAACGUUAUCGUUAGAUUUGAGGCGGGCAGAGAAUGUGGGCCUGCAGGCUGUGAGUUUGAGACCCUGAAUCUCUCACAGCAAACCUUUGGGUGAGAAAGAGGGACAAAUACUUUUCGUGGUUAAAUACUUGGCGAUGCGAUGAGGAGGGUGGACCAACUAGAAAAAGACCAACUCCAGCUACUUGGAUUGUGCAGUCUUGGAUGCAACGCUUCCUCGGAAUGCUCAAGUUUGUGUCUCGGUGGCUGGGCGGCGCCCUCAGAGGCAAAGCUGCUCCGUGUCGUCCUCCUUCACCGAGGGGAUCUCGUGCAUGACGGCGUGAGCGCCUUCUCUCGUCUGUCCCAGAGACGACGCGAUGACGUCCACGGCCAGGGAGGCGGUGGCCUCCACGGCCUCCCGGUUGGGCCCCAAGACGGGGUUCACUUCCACCAGAUCCAUGACUGACAGCAGACCUGCCGUUGGACCACAGCAGCAGUUAUCACCACGGCAUGGCAGACACCUCUCAGGUAUGUUCUUGUGUUCAUGUGUUCAUGUGUUGGGUUAACCUAUUCACACCCAUUUGUGGCGCGUUUCAUCCAGUGCUAUUUGCUGCAUACGGUAGGACAAAUGUCAAGAAUGUACAACUUGCACUGUUGGAUCUAAGGAGGUUCUAAGCAGAGCUUCGAAAUACAAAAAGAAAUGCAAACAAGCAUUAAAGUGAAAUAGGCUGCUCACCGGCUGAUCAAAAGUUUAAGACCGCAGCUCAAACCCCCCAAAAGAGAAAUAAAAGGCCUCCACUGUCUCCACUGGAACUGAUGUCCAUUUUUGGAAAUCCAUCCCUAAAUGUUCUCCAUUGGAUUUAGAUGACAGGACCCACAGGAUGGUCCAAAAGCGUGAGCUCAUUCCUCUUUGUGAAGUGCAGCGUUGUCUUGAUGAAAAAGCCGAUCAUUGCCACACAGACGAGGUCCUUCAGUCAUGCGACCUCUGCCAUUUGACGCUCCUGCACAACCUGAAGCUCCAUUGUUCCAUUGAAGGAUCAUGAUGGUGGAAAACAUCUCAGGUGGGAUCUCCUUGUCAUGCCAGUCACACCGAAAGCCAUCAGGACCGUCAAGGGAGAAUAAAACUUUCUUCCUCCGUUCAGUGUCCCAUUUUUGGUGCCUCCUGCAAAUUCCAAACCUUGAAAGACACAUGGGACUUUGAAGAUGUUGUUUCUUCUCUGGCAGAUGGCGUGUGAUGGUUAUUGGACCGCACUCGGCACCAGUAACAACCUUCAUUUGGGCCGAGGAUGGUCCGGUGUCCUGACGGACAGCCAGUGGGCUCAUUUUUUGGAUCCACCACUUGCCUUUUUCUGUUCCCUGAGCCUCGGGAUGUGUGAAGAAGUUGGAAUGACAGUCUUACUGCGUCCAAGCUCAGCAGCAAUGGUGCGCUGAAAGAGAGAGGCCAUGCUUUUGCAGCCUUCAAGGAGAGAAAGCUUUUUUGCCUUUGCCAUCAAGAGACGAUGACAGUGUGAAUGCUCGACAAUAAGUCACAUUCAAUCCACACGUUUGCCAACAUUUUGCUUUUGCACGGCUGAUCAGCUGAUGGACAGCCUAUUUCACUCUCAUGCUUCUUGGCAAUAAAUUGCUUUCUCCUCUCACUCCCAUUUCUUCUUUUUGCAUUUUGAAGCUCUGCUUAGAACCGUAGUGAGCAAACUGCGGCCCGCAGGCCACAUCAGGCCUGCCAGGCAUCUUAAACCGGCCCACCGGGCAUUUCCAAAAAAACCUUCAACAUGGAAACUAAUCGGCAACAUGACUUGCAGUGCGAUUGUGGCAGGCUGGAGUCACCAAAAUAGUCAGACGCAAUCUGUAGCUCAUAGAAAAAACCCACACGACACACAGAGUAAGCUAGCUACUGCACCAUGUGGGCAUACAAAGAAAUAUCUACCCAUGCCUCAAAAAACAUCCAUAUAUUCCCGCCGCAAGGCAUGCUGGGUAGCUUGUACUUGUUCUCCCAACAUUUUGCCGUGUUCUGUCAAAGAUUUGCUAGAUUGCAAAAUACGAUGAGGUGGCGUUAACAUGCUCUCGAUAAAAAUGAAAUGUGUUCUUGUUCAUACUUCAUACUGUUGCUGCAGCCGGAACACCCAGCAUGCCUUGCGGGCGUUUGGAAAUAACUUUAAGUUAUGUGCUAUGUUUAGCACCCAGCUGUUGAUUUAUGUGAUGCCUUAACUUGCUGCGGAUGUCUCGUGUUUCCGUUUCGUUGCACCUCCCAGCAUGCCUUGCGGGUUACAAAUGAGGAUAAAAUAGUGUUGUAUUGCGUGUGACCAUUUUUUUAAGCUAGUUAUCCCAGCACUUUCUUUGGAGUUACCUGUAUUGUGAAUUUCCUCGGUGAUGUAGAUGCCCUCCCUGUAGGUCAGUCCCCCGUUCACACGCGUUCCUGUGGCGGGGGCCAAAGACGGGUCGAAGGCAUCGAUGUCAAAGCUCAGGUGGAUGGGUCUUUGUUUCCUGUUGUCAGAAGGUGACGGGUCAUGCUUGCUUUAUUUAUUUUCUUAGUCGUAGUUACUUUCUUUGUUGAGCGUACCUUGCCAGGACGUGGUCCAGAGCGACUUCCGUCACCCUCUGGAUGCCCAGUCUGUCGAUGUCCCUCAUGGUGAAGUACUGGAUGCCCAAAUUCUUCAUUAUGUGGCUGAAAUGACGCAAAACAGCAAGCAAGCGUGACUUUUUAAUGCCGUACCAUCAGUGAUAUGUGUUCACACCUCCCGUUUCCAGUACACCUUGUUUGCUUUACUCUGGAGAGAAGUGGCGCUCAAACGCUCGCUUUUCAAGUUCCGUGAAGGAAAAACCUUCCUAGCGGGACAAACCCGCCCCGUGUAUACGCCCAACACUUAUAAAUAAACAAUAAACACUUAUAAACAAUAAACAGUAUGAAAGUUGGCCAGGAUCAGUUUGUUUUUCCAUGGAUUGUCAGGUUCUGAUGUCGGAGACCUGCAAGCCUUAAAGCAGGGCAGGGACGUCCAAAGUAUUUCUUUCCUCCAGCGAGGAUCACGUAGUGAAAAAACGAAAGCAUGCACUUCCUUAUUUUGUAUAAUAUGCUAAGAAGUGAUAUAUGUGCAUCACAGCUUUGUCGUGUACGUACGUGAAAGAGCCUAUUAUUAAUAUCAACUUCACUCUUUGCACUUUUGUUUACCAUUUUUCCUGUUUUUUUUGUAUUUCUUCUUAAAUAAUCUUUGUACAUUUUCUUGUGACAUUUGGACUUUAUUCCCUUUAUAUUAUACUUUAUUUUGUUUUGUUUCUUUGUCAAUAUUAACAUCUUUUUCUCUGUAGUCUUUUUUUCUCUUAAUAUUUUCACUUUAUUCUCAUCAAAUUACUGCUCUUUUUCCAUUUCUGCUGUUUUAGUUUUUUAGAUUUCUUAAUGAUUAAUUCUCGUAUUUUGACUAUUCUUGUAACGUUACCUCCCCCCCCAUUUUCUUCUUGUAAAUUCUCAUAAUUAUGAUGUUAUUCCCCUAAUAAUUAUAAUAUUUAACAUCCCAACUUUUCCACACCCAACCAAAUGUUUUUAAUUUUUUGUUUCUCAUAAUGACAUAAAAAACAGUCUUUUUUCUCUAAUAUUUCCACUCUACGCUACUAAAAUGACAUUUUUCCUCACACGGUAUUCCAAUCAUAUUUUGACUUGAUGCUUAUAAAAUGACAGCUGUUUUUUUCUGUUUCUUCUGGGGGGUUUUUCCUACUUUCAACUCUUCUUGUAAAUCUAUUAUGAUUUAUUAUUCAUAAUUAGGACUUUAUUCUUCUAACAUAACCUCAUAUUAUGACUUUAAAAACACAUCUUUUGUGUUUAAUAUUUCAACUUUUGAAUAUUUCAACAAGCUAGUAAAAUGACUAUUUUUCCUCAUAAUAUUAUGUUAUUCUCAUGAAAUCAGGACUUUUUCUUGCUAGAUUAAAAUUUUUCCUUGGAACAUUUUGACUUUGAAUUGUGUUUUUUUUUUUAAUUGCUGUUUUUUCCAUUCCUGCUGCUGCUUUUUUCCCAACUUUCUUGUAAAUUUUCUUCUCAUAACUAUGACUUUAUUCCUGUAAUACUCUCAGGCCGUUAUUCAUUGCUUUGCCGUUUCUCAUAAUAUUACAAUUUAAGAAGAAAUGAUUUGGUCUUUUUUGUCUUGAAUAUUUGAACUUUAUGCCACCAAAAUGAUGUUACUUUUCCUCAUAAUGUGUCUUUUUCUUGCUAGGUUACAUUCAGCUUUGUCCUCUUAGCAUUUUGACUUUGUCCUUGGAAAAUACAUUCUUUCCAUUUUUGCUGGGUUCUGCUAAAUUAUGUUUCUCGAAUGUGCCGCGGGCCGCACUUUGGACGCCCCUGCCUUACACAUUUUCCCCUCGGGACCGGUUUGGUGCUAUUUGACUCUCCUAAGAAGCAUACAUUUUUAAUAUACUGUAACCCUGACAUGUGAUAUGAUGCUUUCAUGGCUAACUAAUGAAUCCAAGCCUGCUACGCCUGCCGCUUGACAGAAGACAGCUUUGUAAAAAAAAAAGAAAGAAAAAAAAAGAAAGGCUUCACUACACAUCUUAAAAUGCGGCUCUGCCAACUGUGCGUCGGUCAGCCACAGAUGCUGAUGCUUGCUUACUGAAGUGUGUACAGUGACCCACAAUAUGCGAAACGUACUCCACAGUAAUACUUACUACUCUCCAGGGUCAACAUCCCGCAGGCCGAUGUAGACCAGGUCCCUGCAGGAGAGGAACGGCUUCACCCAGGAGAAUCCGGGAAUGUCAGGCAUCUGCGAGGGGCGCACAGAAAGGCGGUUUGCAGACGCCAGCGUGUAUCCCGCAACUCGACUCGUCUUUCCCACCUUGUCCCGCAGCUCUUUCAGCAUGAAUGCCACCGGCUGUCCGUGGAGGUUCCCCGACGGCGACGUCACGGGCGUGUUGAUGUCGGCGUGCGCGUCGAUCCAGACGAGACACAGGUCGGGACACUGCUGGACGUGGCCGCCCACGGAUCCGACGGCGAGGCUGCGAGAAGCAAAGUCUUAUCAGCAGGUGGUUACGGGCGCCCUCGAUGCCGCGCCCCCGUGGCCCGGUACCUGUGGUCGCCCCCCAGCACGACGAGGGUGUGGCCGCUGCCCACCGCUCGGCUCACGGCGCCCGACAGCUUCUUGCUGGCGGCGCCCACCGUGCGAGGGAACUUGACGUUCAUGUAGGGCUCGUCCGUCUCUGGGUGAUGGAAGGCGAGGUCACCAAAGUCGUGCACGGCGUAAUCUAGAAAAGGAAUGACGUCACUCCGAGGUUGCUGUUUCGGGCCGGCAUAACAACGCACGCUUUGCCUGGAUUGUGGCAAAACAACUCUUCCCGUGGAAUGAGACCGUCUUUGGGGGAGAGUGUCUGGACACUGUCGGAAGCAGACCAUAGGUAAUGCCGCAAACAUCUCUCCCCCAAAGAUGGUCUCAUUCCACAGGAAGUGCGGCCACUAACAAGCAGUUUGGCCCCCGGGUAGGCGAACCAAGAAGUCCAAUGGCCUCGACUCUCCCUUUUUUUUCCCAUGUUUGCCUUCACCAUACUGCAAAAAAACAAAAACAGUACUACACUUUUUUAUGUACUCCAGGGGUGCCCAAAAAAAAAGCCAAACAGAUGUAAAAAUCAUGUACAUCAUUUGUAAAAUUGUCCUUUCUUUGUAAAUGUUUAGUAAAAAUAUUUUAGGACAAAGCUUUUGUGUUAUUAGUUAUUAGUAUCAACAUUUCAGCUUUCUGUGUUUGUGCCACACUUUGGUCACCCCUGAAGUGUGCUGUCUACCUCCUGAAUAAAAUAUCGCCCACAAUAGAAACCAAUCAAACACUCUCAAACAGGGGUGUCCAAAAGAUUGGGGGGGGGAUGGAUGAUGCUGCGAUCCUCCUCCUCUGUUUGGGGGCGGGGGGGUUCAUCACCAGUCCUCGUAACAUCUCUUCCCCCAAAGAUUGUCUCAUUCCACGGAAAGACUGGCCACCAAUAAGCCGCUUCACCUCACAGACCUUAAAAUACGUUCACAUUCUUGCGACGUCACGGCUAUGCUGCGUACUUGUGUCGUCCGGGGUUUGCUAUGGUAUGCCAUGAUGGUACUCAUCUGUGUUCUUGGUUGUGGGAGGUGCUUAGCAUUAGUGUUGUUGGGAACCCCCGCAGAUUGGAUGUCGUGGCGGUCGGUGUUAGCUGCCAGACGUCACAGCGCUGCAUUUUCCACAAAACAAACGAGCGAGGCAGAUGGCUCCACGCCAAGCUGAGACGAGGCCUUUAGCGGACAUGACACGAAUAGACCUUCUCUGGUCAGCAGAGGAUAAAGGAAGGACGCCGUGACCCAAUCACAUGCUGGGGGCGUGUCCCCUGUCAUUUCAGCUAGCAUUAAGUCUCUUCCAGUUUCUGUUUCAGCCCGCACCCACGUUUGUGCAAAGGGACCUUGCUAGCGCUGUUAGCGUGGCAUCUGUAAAUUGGAACACACUGACCCCAAACAAACCAACAUUCAUAACUGACAGAUGCAAGCAAUGUAGACACACAAUACCAUCAUGUAUUCCAUAUCAUAAUAUACUGGAAUCAUGUCUACCAUGUCUGUAUAAUAAAGCAUAUACAAUUUACAUAUAAUAGAAAAUAAGACAUAGAAAACCUGCUUACAACCUUCUAGAUACACCUUUUUAACAUGAUUAGAGCCUUCUAGACAUGAAAUAACACCCCUAUAGUCACCUUUACACUCCUAUUACCCAAUAUGGUAGACAUAAUAAGAGAAAAUAAGACAUAGAAAACCUGUUUACCACCUUCUAAAUACACUUUUUAACAUGAUUAGAGCCCUACUAGACAUGAAAUAACACCACUAUAGUCACCUUUACACUCCUAUUACCCAAUAUGGUAGACAUAAUAAGAGAAAAUAAGACAUAGAAAACCUGUUUACCACCUUCUAAAUGCACUUUUUAACAUGAUUAGAGCCCUCAAGACAUGAAAUAACACCCCUAUAGUCACCUUUACACUCCUAUUACCAAAUAUAGUAGACACAAUAAGAGAAAAUAAGACAUAGAAAACCUGUUUGCCACCUUCUAAACACACUUUUUUUUAACAUGAUUAGAGCCCUCUAGACAGGAAAGAACACCCUUAUAGUCACCUUUACACUCCUAUUACCCAAUAUAGUAGACAUAAUAAGAGAAAAUAAGACAUAGAAAACCUGUUUACCACCUUCAAAAUACACUUUUUAACAUGAUUAGAGCCCUCUAGACAAAAUAACACCCCUAUAGUCACCUUUACACUCCUAUUACCUAAUAUAAUAGACAUAAUAAGAGACAAUAAGACAUAAGACAUAGAAAACCUGUUUACCACCUUCUAAAUACGCAUUUUAACACGAUUAGAGCCCUCUACACA